GCGAACACGCGGCAUCGGCGUCACGAAGGGGGGCGGGGUCUGUCCCCAGAGCGCGGCCCGCGGCACCUGACUCCCCAGAAGCUGCGACUCACCGGCCCUGCAGGCUCUUGGACUGGAACCUUCCGGGCAGAGCAGUGCUGUACCCCUCUUCAUCUCCGCAAGCGUGCGCCUGCGGGUAGAGGUACACGCCUGCGGGCACACGGAGGCACCUGCAGGCACAGGUACGGGCCUGCUGGCACACGGACUUACCUGCUGGUACACGGACGUGCCUGCGGGCACAGGUAUGUGCCUGCGGGCACACAGACGCUCUUGCGGGCACACAGACGCACCUGCAGGCACAGGUACGCACCUGCGAGCACAUGCACGCGCCUGCGACUACAGGGACUCACCUGCGGGCACAGGUACGCGCCUGCAAGCACACGUAGGCACCUGUGGGCACAGGUACGUGCCUGAGGGCACACGAACACACCUGUGGGCACACGGACGUGACUGCGGGCACAGGUACACGCCUGCGACCACACGGACUCACCUGCUGGCACACGGACGCACCUCUGGGCACACGGACGCACCUGCAGGCACAGGUACGCGCCUGGUGGCAAACGGACUCACCUGCUGGCACACGGACGUGCCUGCGGGCACAGGUACGCGCCUGCGAGCACACGGAGGCACCUGCGGGCACAUGUAUGUGCCUGCUGGCACACGGACUCACCUGCUGGCACACGGAGGCGCUUGCGGGCACAGGUACGCACCUGCGAGCACACGGAGGCACCUGCGGGCACAUGUAUGUACCUGCUGGCAAACGGACUCACCUGCUGGCACACGGACUCACCUGCUGGCACACGAAUGCGCCUGCGAACGCAGGGACGCACCUGCAGGCACAGGUACGCGCCUGCUGGCACACGACCUCACCUGCUGGUACACGGACUUGCCUGCGGGCACAGGAAGGAACACGCCUGAAGCAGGAACACAUCAAAGAUGCUGCGGCUGCGCCCCUGCUGUGGCCUUGGCCCUGAGCUGGCACCUGGUGCGCCGCCCUACUGCAGGGAAAGGACAUGAGCCACCUCGUUCAGCUGCAGGGGGACGUUUCCACGCAGAACAGGGAAAUGACUGCUUCACCCGAAUCAGGUGCUGCACAGAAAGCUAAAGCAAGAAACUGACAAGUUCAUGGAGAAAUGUGGUAUUUUCUUUGAAGAAUAACUGUGUGUUUUUUAGUUUUUCCUCUAAAUUUUACAAUCACCUCCUGGCAGCUAAUAUAUCUUCCCUUUUCCUAAUGCUCUCCUGCAGCUUUUCUUUUUCCUCUGCUCACUGAGUAGAACCAAACUGGCUGAUGUCUGCAGGUGAGCAGUUUUCAUAUUAGGCAUUUGUCAUUUCAGGAUACCAUUCUUCAGUAUUAGCUUUCCAUUAUCAGACUUCCUCUUCUCAUUUUGCUAAGGAGGGCAAGCUGUAGUCAUUAAUGGAAUUGUCUUCCUCCCUCCCUCUCCCCUUCCUUCCUUCCCACCCUCCUUCUCUCCACCCCCCUUCCUUUCUCUAUGUCAUGACCCAGGUUAGGAACUGGAUUGUACAACACACUUAUCAUUUUUAAUCUCUCUUUGUUUAUUCUAGUGUGAAAUUGCUUUCCAGGUAGUAUUCAGGUAAGACUUCCUCCUCUUGUGGGAUAAUUUGAAACAUUUGUGGAGAAGAUUCUAAUUUUGCUGACCUGUUAUCAGAGCUGUCAUUAGAGUUUUGUAAAACAUCAAUUCCUAUACAAUCUUCUGUCACUCAUACAAGCCCAUGCUCAUCAUUCACUCUUCAUGGAUGCUUUUCUUGGGCGGAUGAUCAGUGAACCUAAAAGUGUCUCUGAGAUUAAACAUAACUUCGAAGGUAUAGAACUAGGAGAAAAUGCAAGGUCUUGGGUACAAUAUAGACAACUGACUACCAUGGUGUCUCCAGGCAGUCUGUUCAUCUAAAUGUUCCACAGAAAACAAGGAUCAGAAAAUCUUAGAGGUCGGUUCAGGACUAGGACAUGUGAAGAGCUCUUGGGUCAUGUGUAUUUCCAUAGGACCUCUAGGUGACUGUCCAAUACCUCGUGAGGCAGAUGCAUUGUAUCUGGCUCCCUCAUUUGAUUAGAACUUACCUUGGGAUUCACAUGAUUAGCACUUAGAGCAAGACUUAGGGGAAGGCCGAGUUAGAUACUAUAACAAGACUCUCAAAUGACUAGGAGAAGCAGUCAGUUGUGGAUACGGAUGGAGGAUUGCACCUGGCUGAGCAUGAUGACGUCCAGGGGGAUGUGGCAAUGGCGGGCCUGGUAGAAGUCAGGCCAAGUGGACUUCAAGAAGAAAUACCAAGGAAAAUCUAGCACAAAGUAGCUGGGGGCUGGAGGCACCAUUGGCAUCAAGAAGUUCUCUCCACCUGAAGCAGGAUCUUUAGAUACUAGCCUGGAAUGGAGGGCUCAGCUCUCGGGACAGGCUGGGUCUCAAGACUAGGAAAACUCUGAAGCUUUGGGACAUUCACUAAACAGGGUUCAAGCACAAACACAGCUACAGAGAUUUAGGACCAGGGCUAAGACGGGGCUCAUAAACUGAGUGAUAGUCAUGUUUUCUGGUGCAGACACAAGAUCACAUGGUGAGCCACGCAUGGGGUUGCAACUGGCAAAAUGUUAGAUUUUGUGUUGCAACAACAAUUGGUCCUGGAGGUAGGUGAGUAAAUCCAGAGAUCUCAGUUUUGAGACAAUUAGCUACAAGUUGAAGUUGGCUACAAGAUGGAGCCUGCCAGCUUGUAUUAGUGUACACGGCAGCAAGGCCAUUAGUCUUUGUCUCCCUAGGGCCCUCAAAUUAGCACAAUGCCAGAGCCAUGGACUAUAUACCUGACAGUUUUAAACUCACUUACAGGAAGCAUGAACACAGGUGAUUAGGCUGUUUCCAUGUAGAAGUCAGUUCUGUUGGAACAAGCUGGUAGCCAAGUUAUAUCCAGGGAGUCAGCACCAGAGACUCCAUAGCCAGAACUUCUGAAUGUGACUCUGGGGCACAGGCCAUUUUCUUGGUAGAACUUGGACAAGUCUAGAUACUCAUUGUUCUAUAUUCAGAUUCAGGUUCCAGAUACAGAUUCCAUCAAAAAGUGAGUCAGAAGCAAGAAUAUAAAUUCUAGGACUAUUUCCAGUUGUAUUUGGGCCAAAGGAAGCUUUAGCCAAAAGGCCUCAUGGACUGGUUUAAAAAUGUUCAUAUGAUAUUGGUCAUCAGUCAGGUAUCCAUGUUCAAACUGGGUAAAUUCUGGGAUGCCUGGGUGGCUCAGCAGUUGAGCACCUGCCUUUGGCUAAGGGCCUGAUCCGGGGCUCCUUGUGGGAAACCUUCUUCUCCCUCUGCCUAUGUCUCUGCCUCUCUCUUUCUGUUUCUCAUGAAUAAAUAAAUAAAAUCUUUUGAAAAACACAGGGUAGGGAUCCC